AUGCUCCCGCCCGACGCUACCUACGCGCUGCAGGGCUUCCAUACGCGACCAGGAGAGGCUCUUCCGUCCAAUCCUCAGAAACAGGCCUAUAUCGUUCGCCUGUCACGCCAGACUCUCGACGCUCUUGACGCCUCAGAGCAUCCCCAAUUACAGUUUGAGUUUGGCGACAAGCCAGGAAUCUAUGUCGAUGGCGCUUUCUUUCCCAUUAAAACUCAGCACGAGAAUAUCCGCCAUGAACUCUACCUUCGUACACCCUCUGCCGUCAAACCCAAUGCACCCCUCAGAUUGCACGCAAAUAUUACCGGAAAGCUCACAGUCGAACCUACCCUUGAUAAGGAUCUUUCUGAACAGAUCCAGCAGAGUACAUUGGAAGCAGCCAAGCAGAAGGAUGUUCACAAAACAAAGUUCAUUGACACGCCUCCCGAUCUUGCGCCUCCAACGAAACAAAAGAAGAAGCAACCAGCUGCAUCGUCGAUGUUUAGAAAACCAUUGCGACCUUCUGAUCAAGCAGCACGACCAAACCCUACCCCCGCUUCAACAGCGUCGACUUCUUCUGCCUCGACUUCACGUCCCAGAUCCCCUCCCAACCCGGCGCGUGCCGCCGCCCUGGCGUCCUUGAGAACUCGUCUUAUUCGAUUUCUGGCCAAAGGCGACCGCAAAGGCGACGAAGCCGUCAAAGCCGUCGCCCCAAAUUGUGAUGCCGCUCAUCGACAGGAAAUUUUGGAUGUUUUGCAAGAGAUCGCUGAACCUGUGUCCGCGUCGAAGAAGGAUGGUCGCUUGCGUCUCAAAAAUACCUCUUACCAACACGUCCGGCCUUAUGAAUGGCCCGGUCUUUCAGAAUCAGAACGACACACCAUAGCUCGAGCUGCAAGAGUAGCUCUGAGCUCCCUUGGCAUUCCUGAAUCUGACCCCGCCUGGGCUCACGUCGUUUUUCGUCCUCCAGCGACGACACCAAUUCCGGGACCCUCGGCCGAGACGCCUGCAAAGCGACCUGUGGUCACAAAAGCCGCAAAAGAGAAGAAGGGGAAAGGCAAGGCGGUGGAAGUCAAGGCCGAGCCUAAAGCCAAGACUAAAUUGGCUGCGGCGCCCAAUGUCAAGGAAGCGGACCUCAGAGCAGCUAAUUUGUCUGCUAGCACGCCUCCAACAAAAACCGCACCUUCUGCACUUACACGAAAGCCGCCAGGAUCGGGGUAUAAGGCUCCAAGAUCAGAGGAUGGCAGCACUUCUUCACGUAUUAGAUCGGAGGAAAGAAGUCGAUCCCAGGACCUGCCACCGAGCACCACUGUUUCUGCUGCUCCCAUCCAGCGCAUCAGGAAACUCAAACAGUCAGCCGGAGAUGGGCACGGCUCGGAUUCUGAGCGGUCAAGACGGAACUCUGGGGGUGAACGAACCGGGGAUAAAGGCAGCAGGGACCUGGCAUCUUCCGCCCCUAGCAUCAAACGAAAAAAGCCUCGAGACGAUGAUGACGAGGAAUAUGGGAAGUCGAAGCGACGGAAGACUACAGAAGGCGCUGCAAUUGCUUCCGGAAGCAGGGACUCCUCGUCGAACAAGAAGCCGAUGACAGACUUAUCUGCUCGUCCAAAGGCAAUCAAGAAAGAACCCUCCCCGCUUCCACCGCCUCCGCCUGCGAAGAAAGCUACUCAGCGUCCACCGCCAGCGUCUCAAUCGCCUCAGAUAUCGUCCUCACGUGUGACGACAGGCAGCACAAGCGCUGGAAAUGGUCGGUCGCGUCGACACCGCUCACCUAUAUACACAUCAUCAUCUGAAGACGAGGGCGAGAUCAAACAAGAACGUCAGCAUCGAUCACCUGGUCCCUUCCCUUCUCCCCCAACCACGACACCUUCAUCCAUGACCUCCAAUCCACCUAACCCUCAACCAACUCAGCGUCCACUACCCACAGAUCGUGCCUCCUUGCGCAGGGGUUAUGCGGCUGCUUAUGGGCGUUACAUCAAAUCAUUUACCAGACUAGUUGAGCAGCGAGAGAGGGUGAACGCUCUGUUGACUGCGUUUGAUGAUUCUGCCGGGAGCAUCACCGACUCUGAUGGGGAUGUAGAGCUGUUGGACGUCGAGGCAAUGCAAAGACUAAAAGCUGAGUUUGCCAGACAUACAGAAGAGCUAGAGUCGAUUCAGAAAGCCUUCGAAAUCGCUGCUAGGUGA